GCCAUUGGCAUUAGUGACUAGUCUAUCGACAACGAAGCUUCUAUUCAGUUAUAGUUAAGUCAAUCUUUUGCGAACAUUGUACCUCUUAUCAAUAUCAUUUACUACCGCACAUUACUCUGUAAUGCUCGUGUUAAUAUUCUGUCUAACCCAAAUAGACGCCAUUAUUACCAAUUAUUAUAUUUGUUCUCAUAUUUACUAUUAAAAUUUCAUCAAAAUUUAAAUUUUUUGCGUGGCAAUUUUUUUUUUAUCGUUUAUUAAUAAACUAAUACAAUUUUAUUAAAUUUUUGAUAAUUAUUUUGAGUGAAAUUAUUUUGAAUGAAAAAUGGCGCCAGCAAAGACAAAAAACGUUAAAGCAAAGACCAAAAAUCAAACCGCAAAUAAAAAAAAAUUACCAACUAAGACAGCUAAUAAUAAAAAAGUUGAAGAAAAAGGAUGUUGCUGCGGAACAGCUGCUGAGGAUUUAAGCUCUACAGAUUCUAGUAGCAAUGAUUCAUUUACUGGGUCUUCAUCAGAUAAUACUUCAACAGAUACCACUAAAAAUUCAUCAGAAAUUUCAACAGAAACUAGCAGUUAUGAUGACUCAGACACUACUAGUUCAUCAGAUGAUUCUACUGACUCUGAUAGUGAUACCGAUGAUGAUGAUACCGAGUCCGAUGAUUCAGAAUCAUGGAAGUGUAACUGUUCAAACCGAAAACGUGGGGGAAAAAAAAUAGCCGCGGCACGAGCUGCCGCCAUUGCUGCUAAGGGUAAACGUCACAAAAAAAAAUCACAUCGCAAAGAAUAUUCAGGCGAUGACUCAUCCACUGGUUACGAUGUUGAUAAUUAAUCGGGUUCGAAGAAAAACCGACGUAAUUGUUGCUGCCAAAAUUUGGUAAUUUUUAAAAAUUUGUUCGGUAAAAAAUAAUAAUUAUAAUAUUGUCUGGUAAUUAAUUUUUUUUAUUAAUGGCGGGCCAUUAAUUACAUAAAUAUUUAAUUUAUAAAAUAAAUGGAUUCAUGGUUUUAUAUUAUUACUUAAAAAAAUUUUCCAUGUCUGAAGACAUUUUUUUGGCGAUAAAAAAUUUUUUAUUAGAUACAUAAUUUGUUUAAAUUUAAUUUAAUGUAUGACUUACUAGUUAUAAUUAUUUUCAAGGCUGUAAUUAAUCAAUUAAAUUAUUUAAAAAUAGAUUUAUAUAAACAAUAACAAAGUAAUUAGAUGACUCAUAUUUUUUCAGAUAAAACAAAUUGUUAAUGAAUUGAUAUACUAUUAAUAAAAAAUAGAUUUUUUGUGUAAUUGAUAAUU